UUCUCCACCACCAUGGACGCUUCCCGGAUGUUGGCUGGCAAGGUGGCCGUGAUCACGGGUGCAGCCAGUGGCAUCGGCAAGGGGACCGCAGCCGAGUUUGUGAAGAACGGUGCCAGAGUGAUUCUCGCAGACAUCCAGGACGACCUCGGCCGCGCCGUCGCAGCGGAGCUCGGUCCCUAUGCGGCGUACUUGCACUGCGAUGUCACCGAGGAGUCGCAGGUGGCGGCGUUGGUCGGCCUUGCCGUUGCGCGCCACGGUCGCCUCGACAUCAUGUUCAACAACGCCGGGAUCAGUGGCAAGGUCCUCACGCCUACCCCACUGGGCCUCCGCGACUUGGCGGACUUCGAUCAUGUCAUGGCCACCAACACCCGUGGCGUGAUCGCCGGCGUCAAGCACGCGGCGCGUGUCAUGGUCCCAAGCCGCGGCGGCAGCAUCAUCUGCACGGCCAGCACCGCGGGCGUUGUUGGCGGUGUGGCGUUCCCACCGUAUAGCGUUUCCAAGUCGGCGGUGCUUGGCCUUGUGCGUGCCGUGGCGGGGGAGAUGGCGCGCUCCGGCGUCCGGAUAAACGCCAUUUCACCUAACUACAUCCCGACACCGAGAUUGAUGGCUUUUAUGGCCGAGCGCUACCCUAGGAUGAGCGAUCAGGAGCGUAAGCUGGUCCUGGAGAGGGACAUGAAUGAGAUGGACGGGGUCGUCCUCGGAGUAGAGGAUGUGGCCAACGCGGCCGUCUUCCUUGGGUCCGACGAGUCCAAGUAUGUCAAUGGUCACAACCUUGUCAUCGAUGGGGGAUUCACGGUUGGCAAGGAGCCAAACAUGCCUGCACCGGGACACUGA